UCUGGAGACAGCCACUGGCUCGCCCGCCGCAGCAGCUAGAACUGCUCCCCCAGCCAAAAGGGCAUCCCAGCCUGCCGCAUGUGUAGCUAACUCUUCUGGGGAGUCCUGUUUUGUUUUCUCCCUACCGCCUCCCCGCCCUCGGCGAUUAUUUUGUAGCGCUGGCUGCCCCCCGCCCCGCUUGAUCUUUCUGGGGAGCAGUUUGAACACUAUUGGAGGGAGAGAAAGAGAUCUGCCGGCACUUGUAAUGAUAAGUAUUAACAACAAACAGAAGUCAGUCCCCGCGUUGAUGAAGGGGGCGGCCCCUGGCCCUGUUGCGGGGCAGAGCUUUCUGACAAAUUGCUGAAGUUCAGUUGAUCCUGUCUGAAGUUGAGCUCUCAGAGCAAACCGAAAGGAGAAGAGCCGAGGGCGCCCGAGAGAACUACACUGCAGCCUGCUGUUUUCUUUUCAACACUUUUCUCAGCUCUUCUGCCACAAGCUCUGGUGCUCUGUCCGCAUGGACAAGAGAGGCUGCUAAGAAAGGAUCAAAUAUGCAAAGCCAACAGAAAACAGAAAUAGCACUUUUGGUUAAAAAACACUGGCUUUGCGCCCCUUUCAAGUGUUUUACUUUUACUUCGUGAUGGGAAGAGUAGAAUCAUCGGAACCAUUGAGACAUAGGUUGGAUUUCACUAGUUGAAGAUGAAAUGAAGAUAAUAGAAGACGACAUGAGAGCAUAUUGUGUAUUUUAUGAAUAUUCAUCAAAACAAACCUUCCACAAAUAGACAUGAACAGGAAUUAGAAAUACUAUAUAUAUUUUUUCCAGAGAGAGAGGCUAAUGGAGAAAUGUUAUUGUUUUUCUCCCCCACUUUCACUCUCUCAAGCCUAUGAAGAAGAAAAAAUUUUAUACAAACGAGAGAACAGGAAGGCUAGGGAGAGUAAAAUUAACAUCUGAGUCUAUUGUAGAAAGUACUGAGCAUUUCUACUUCAGCAAAAACAAAACAAUGUUCUGAAUAAAUUUCAUCAUCAGUGCAAUUGUUUCCUACUCUAGGAAUGGCAUUUUAUCAGAAUGUGAGGGGGAAAGAUUUUUGUGUGAAUUCAAUUAUUUUAAAUUCAAGUUUUGGGAUCUUUUUCCAGUGCUUUUCAGCAAAAAAGAUACUAUGUUUUUUAGUCCCUUGACUUAUGUAAUCAGACUGUGUUUCACAUGGAAAAUGUAGAGACUUUACCUUCCCUUUAGUUUAAUGUGUUAUGCUUUACCGUUGUAGCUGUGCAAAGUACAGACAAGGCACCUGUGGUUCAACUUUUCAGAAAUCCUUUGUUUUGUUUUCAGUACUGUACUUCAGAUAAGCUGAGCAGCGAGUCUAUUUUAUUCUUUUGUUUUUAAGCAAAAAUGCCUUAAGUGUACACUGUUAUAUUAGCUGGAUCAACAUUUGACAUCUGAACACUGUGUUUUGUAAAGAUGUAUGCUUGAAGGGAAGGAACUGCCUAAUGGAUCAUGGCUCUUAUGUUUACAGUACAUAUUUUAUUCCUAGCGUUAGCGACGUUUGCUCUCUCCACUUUUGAAGAAUCUGUAAGCAAUUACUCUGACUGGGUGACUUUCACAGAAAAUGUGGAUCAAUAUGAGAAACAGAAACUGCAAGAUUUCAGUGCCAACCAGAAGCUGAAAAAAGCCGUUCUUCAUCCAAGCUUAUAUUUUGAUGCUGAAGAUAUCCAAGCACUGAGGCAAAAGUCUCGUACAAGCCAUUUACAUCUGUUCAGAGCUAUCAGAGGUGCAGUGACAGUUAUGCUGUCCAACCCAUCAUACUACCUACCUCCACCCAAGCAUGCUGAUUUUGCUGCAAAGUGGAAUGAGAUUUAUGGUAACAAUCUGCCUCCCUUAGCUUUUUAUUGUUUGCUAUGCCCGGAAGAUAAAGCUGCCUUUGAUUUUGUUCUAGAAUACAUGGACAGAAUGGCUGGCUACAAAGACUGGCUGGUUGAGAAUGCUCAUGGAGAUGAAGUGCCACUUGGCCACUCCUUAACAGGUUUUGCCACUGCUUUUGACUUCUUAUAUAGCUCACUGGAUAACAUCAGAAGACAAAAAUAUCUAAAGAAGAUAUGGGUUGUGAGUGAGGAAAUGUACGAAUAUUCAAAAGUCCGCUCAUGGGGAAAGCAACUUCUCCAUAACCACCAAGCCACUAAUAUGCUAGCACUGCUCACAGGCGCCCUGGUUACUGGGGUGGACAAAAAAUCUCAGACAAAUAUUUGGAAACAUGCUGUAGUUGAUGUGAUGGAAAAAACCAUGUUUCUGCUCAAUCACAUCGUAGAUGGUUCUUUGGACGAAGGAGUAGCUUAUGGCAGUUACACAGCUAAGUCAGUAACCCAAUAUGUUUUCCUGGCCCAGCGCCAUUUUGGUAUUAAUAACCUAGAAAACAAUUGGCUGAAAAUGCACUUUUGGUUUUAUUAUGCCACACUGUUACCAGGCUAUCAGAGGACUGUGGGCAUAGCAGAUUCUAAUUAUAACUGGUUUUAUGGCCCUGAAAGCCAGCUGGUUUUCCUGGAUAAGUUUGUAAUGAAGAAUGGAGCUGGCAAUUGGCUGGCACAACAGAUUAGAAAGCACAGGCCCAAGGAUGGCCCGAUGGUGCCAUCCACCGCACAAAGGUGGAGCACACUUCACACUGAAUACAUCUGGUAUGCUGCAGAACUAACUCCUCAACCUCCCCCUGACUAUGGCACUGCUAAGAUGCAUGUGUUUCCUAACUGGGGGGUUGUUACUUAUGGGGCUGGGUUGCCAAAUACUCAGACCAAUACCUUUGUGUCUUUUAAAUCUGGAAAGCUUGGUGGCCGUGCAGUCUAUGACAUAGUUCACUUUCAGCCAUAUUCCUGGAUUGAUGGAUGGAGGAGUUUCAAUCCAGGGCAUGAACAUCCAGAUCAGAACUCCUUUACUUUUGCCCCCAAUGGACAGGUGUUUGUAUCCGAGGCCCUAUAUGGACCCAAGUUCAGCCACUUGAAUAAUGUACUGGUGUUUGCUCCAUCUCCUACAAGUCAGUGUAAUCAACCUUGGGAGGGACAACUUGGGGAGUGUGCACAGUGGCUUAAGUGGAUUGGUGAUGAGGUUGGAGACUCAGCUGGAGAGAUUAUAACAGCCUCUCAGUAUGGGGAGAUGAUGUUUGUGAGUGGUGAGGCAGCAUCUGCCUACUCUUCUGCAAUGAAACUGAAAAGCGUGUAUCGUACUUUGCUACUCCUAAAUGCUCAGACAUUGCUAGUAGUAGACCAUAUUGAGAAGGAGAAAGACUCUCCCCUCAGCUCUGUCAGUGCCUUCUUUCAUAAUCUUGACAUUGAUUUUAAAUAUAUACCCUAUAAGUUUAUGAACAAAUAUAGUGGAGCCAUGAUGGAUGUGUGGGAUGCUCACUAUAAGAUGUUUUGGUUUGAUCAUCAUGGGAGUAGUCCUGUUGCCAGGAUACAAGAGGCAGAGCAAGCAGCAGAGUUCAAAAAGCGGUGGACUCAGUUCAUAAAUGUUACUUUUCCUAUGAAAACCACUGUUACAAGAAUCGCAUAUGUGUUCUAUGGACCGUAUGUUAAUGUUUCUAACUGCAGGUUCAUAGACGAUUCCAAAUAUGGAUUUCAAAUUUUUCUAAAUGUCAACAACACUGAAAAUAUUGUCUCCAUUGUGACUGAAUAUGACAGUAUGAGGACAAGGUUCAAUUAUUUGGGAUUUGGUGGCUUUGCCAAGGUAGCUGAUCAAAACAAAGUUAUCAAAUUUGGUCUAGGCACUGAAGCUGUACGAGAACAGAUAACAAAUAAUAGAACAGUUUUCCCAUUUGGAUUCAAAGUGAAUAUAAUAGCAGGAUUAGUUUUGGGCAUUAGUUUGGUUAUACUGGCUUUUCAGUGGCGGUUUUACAUUUCCUUCAGCAAAUUGUUGCGCUGGAUACUAAUACUGGUUAUCACACUGUGGUUUAUUGAACUGUUGGAUGUAUGGAGCACUUGCACUCAGCCUAUCUGUGCAAAAUGGAGCAGUGACAUCAUAAAUGUAGACCCUGAUACAGGCAAUACAGCCAAACAGUUAGAAGGAAACCCUGUUGUUUUGCCAGAUGUGGUAAUUACCUCACUUCCCAGUUCUGGAGCAGACAUUUUAAAGCAACUUUUUUUUAACAGCAGUGAUUUCAUAUACAUCAGGAUCCCUACAACUUACCUUGAUAUUCCUGAAACUGAAUUUGAAAUUGACUCAUUUGUAGAUGCAUGUGAAUGGAAGGCUUCUGAUAUCCAAAGUGGCCGUUUCCGUCUACUCCGAGGCUGGCUCCAAUCCCUAGUCCAAGACACAAAACUGCAUUUACAAAAUAUUCAUUUACAUGAAGCCAGCAGAAGUAAAUUAGCUCAGCAUUCUACCAUAAGUAAGGACAAAAAGAAAAGAUCCAGAAAGAGAGAGUCUUUGUCAGAACAAAGAAGUAGAACAAGAGGAAAAUUAGACAAAGAUGCUGAAUACGUUAGGGAACUGAGGAGACACCUUGCCUAUUAUCCAAAUGCACGUCCUGUGCUUAGUUUAAAUAGUGGGAGCUGGACAUUAAAGCUUCCUUUCUUUCAAGAAAUCAUAGGUCCCUCAAUGAGGGCAUUGUAUGUAGUAAGGGAUCCUCGGGCAUGGAUCUACUCAAUGUUGUAUAAAAGUAAGCCAAACCUUUACUCCUUGAAAAAUGUUCCACAGCACUUAGCUAUGCUGUUUAAAAUGGAAGGCGGGAAAGAAAAGUGUGGUUUAAAUUCAGGCUAUGCCUUUGAAUAUGAAUCACUGAGGGAAGAACUCUUGGAUUCUAGGUCAAAUGCAGUUUCCGUGCUGUCCCAUUUGUGGCUAGCAAACACAGCAGCAGCGCUGCGAGUAAAUGGGGAUCUCCUGCAGUCAAAUUAUCAGCUGGUCAAGUUUGAAGAUAUUGUGAGCUCUCCUCAGAAGACAGCUGAAGCAAUUUAUGCUUUCCUUGGUAUUCCUCUGUCUCCUGCUAGCUUAAACCAAAUAUUGUUUGCCACCUCCACCAAUCUUUUCUACCUUCCUUAUGAAGGUGAAAUAUCACCAACUAGUAUUCAUGCCUGGGAACAAAAUAUGCCUAUUGAGGAAAUUAGACUGAUUGAGGACAUCUGCUGUACCUUGAUGGACCACUUAGGAUACCCAAAGUUUACAGUUUAAAUGCUGCAGGUCAGCAGUAGUUUGCACUAAUGAUCCCCAACUCCUCAGUGUGUGAAUAAGAAUUAGAGAGUUUGUUUAUUCUUGUAAAAUGUGUGUACAGUCUGUUACAUGCAGAAAGAUUUAUUGAAAAAAUAGAUAUUUGUUCUAGCAGGAUUUUUAAAAACAAACACUUAUAACUACUUUUGCUGCCUUUCAAAUAAAGCUGUGUGAAUCUUUACAAAUCUACCAGCUGGGGAAUGGAUAGGUCAAGGGAUUGGUAAUAAAUUAUGGAGCCUUGCACUUCCAGAUGAACAAUUUGACUCCAGCCCAAGUGGGUAGUUGCCCAAAGUAGUUACCGUUUGAUGGCUGUUUGGUGGCCUAUAUGAAAUGAGUUGCUGGUCUCAGCCCAGUUCACAAUGGCAGCGCCUUGGGAUCAGGUUUGCAGUAUAUUCCGGCCACUUGCUACUCCAAUGGGGCAAAGUAGCCAUAAACUCAGUAAAACUGGGGUUUAAAUCUGUUGUUCAUCACUUGAGUUGGUGUACUGGUAAAUCUGGCUCCUUAUUAGCAGUCUCAGCAGAAAGGCCAAGGACUGACUAGGCAUAGAAACUGAAUGACAUGUGAUAUGGUUCCAGGUCAGAACGGAAGCACUUUGGUAGGGUUUUAUGAGGACGAGUUCUUGCUGUAACUAUUCUGUAGAUAAAGAGAAGACUUCAGUCUCCAGUUCCAUCAAUCUGGCACCUUCUGUGAGCACUAAAUGAACUUUGGGGAUGGGCGGGAGAGGGAAACCAUCACAAGAAAUCCAUAAAAUCCCAUAAAUCUAUCAGUUAAAUAUUAGCUGGGAGAUUUCUAAAGGAUCCUGUGAAACUCUGACACUGCUCCACCAUACUAAACUGCCCCUGGAUUUUCAAAGCUGCUAAUGUCCUCGCUACUGAUGCUGCUGCUCUGUGCAGCUCCUCUUGGCUAAGAGAAGCUGAAGGAACUUCCUCUUUUCUCAGUAAGACUCCUCCAUCCUUCUUUGUUUGUUGUAACACACUAUGAAGUCUCUCUUCUUUUUAGCUGACCAUUGUGCAUAACUCUCACUAAUUCCAGUGGCAAAGGUGUAGGAGUUCCUGUCAAUGCAAACAUUUGAUGUCAUCAUCAUCAGUGGUAAUAUAUUAAUAUCAGGUAGGAAUAUAGUGAUUAGAAGAGCCCAGAUAAAUCUCCAGACCUGUGUUUCAUCAGUAUACAUACAUCAGUUACAUCUGUAUACUAGAUUUGCCAUCAACAUCUUAUGGCUGGUCAAGGUUGCUCUUUGCGUUGUCACUUCAAAGAGGUUUCUCUCACCUACUCCAGGCUUGGAUGACAAUUUAUCUUAGUAAUUUCUUUCCAGCAUCUGAUUAUUUUAAAAUAUGAUCCUUGUUUUUUUAAAUCUGCACUGAAAUGUCACAUCAAUUUGGAAAUAAACACCCUUUGUGGGGUGAAUAUUUGCUUUUGGUAAUAUCUUUGUCAUGCUGCUCUUGUGUUUUUCCUUGAGCCAUAUUUUUUUUUCUUUUCACAAUGUUCUUUUUUUUAAAGAAAAAGACAAUGUUAAAAAAAGACAAUGUUGAAAGUCUCCUAAUUUAUCUUACUCUGCGUUUUUUUGAAAUGCAUACAUACUGUAAAUGUUUUCAGAUUUGUAAAUCAAACCAUAGAUGAUGUCAGAGACAUGUGCUUCCUUUACCAUCUGUUUUUUUUUUUUUUUCAUUACUAAUGAAGUUGUCAUGAAAUGUGCUUAGUUUUGUUUGUAGGAGCUGGAAUCAGAGUUUUGUGCUAUUAUAUUGAAAUAUAACAGUAGAGUAAUUACCAUAUAUUUGGGUGACAAGCAUUAGGCAAUGUCAAGAUGUAAUGAGUUUCUCUCUACAGAUUGCAAUCCUCUUGCUGAUGUUGAGUAUUAACAUCUUGCUGAUGUACUCCCCUUUUUUCCUGCUGUUCCCCCGCCCCCCCCCCCCACACACACACAUACAGAUUUUCUGCACCCUCUGCAUCAUUUUGUGAUCUCUUCUUCUGACCUAGAUAAAAGUGACUCUUUCUCAGCCAUUCAUUAUUAUGUCAAAAUGUGCCUCUGGUGUGAUAAAGCUGUUGAUAUGUUGCAGUCUCACUAACCAUAACUUGGCUGUCACUUUCCUUUGAUUAUAAUAGGGACUCAGAGCUGCUUUUUCCCUUCUUCUUUCUUGGGUCUUACCUCUGGCUAGGUAGAAUGUCAUGCUAAAAGAAAUAUUAAAGUUUUUUAAUGUAUACUAACAUGUAAGUGAAAUUUUGGAUCCCGACUUUCAUUCUCUCAAAUCAGUUUUUUUUCUCUCUCUCUCAGUCAUAUGUAAAAUUGUUGCAUUGUUAUCAACACCGUUGCUUUUAUUUGACAGACAGAGCAUUUGCUUUUCUUCCCAGGAUUUAUGAUCUUGAAUCAGAACAAAUAGAAAGGCUUUCCUCUGUCAUCUGUUUUAGGACUGCUCAAAGUAAGACUCAGGAUUGACUGCGUUUUGGGGGAAGUAGGAAAGAAUAUAAAAAUCUCUUCUUGAUAGUGUCGCAUGAAAGGCUACAAAUAGAUUUUAAACCAGCUCUUUUUGAGGGGGUGAGGUGUAUCAUGGUACUCAUGUAUCAGUAGGUCGUCCCUGCAGCUUUCAGCAUAUAGGGUUAUCUCAUGCCCUUUGGCUGAUAAUACAUGUCACUACUAUCAUUUAUUCUGGCAUACACAAGAUUUAGGACCUAAUUAUCCCCAGUCUUGCAUCUUCUGAAGUUAAACCAUCUAUAAUGUGCUUCUGUUUGGGUUUGGUAAUGUUUUAUACCCCUUUGUACAGAUGUAAUUGACUCCACUAGGUACAUGACUGGGGAGAAUUAGAUUCUUUGUUCCCAGAUCUUUUUUGGGGAAUAUCAAAAGCUCACAAAAAAAAUUAAAAAAGAAAAGGAAAGAAAGAAAGAGAGAAUGAGUCUAAAGAAAGUAAUGACUGAAAGCCAUAGUCCUAAAGUUUCAAAAUUCUAAUUGCAUGCAUUACAGGAGCUUAAAAUAACACAAUAUCAUUAUAUAUUCUAAGGAAACUGAGCACAUGGUGCCUUUGCUUCAAAACUGCUAACAAAGAACCCUAUGAUAGAGAACAUUUCUACUUGCUGGAAAGAAAAGAGCAUAUGUCAACUAAACCACAGAGGACUAUGUAUAAAAGUAGCUUAUGGGACUGGAUUAAUCUCACAGAAGGAAAGAAUAUCAGAGCAAGUGAGGCUCUGUAGUGUUGUGGGGGCCUAAUUUCUAUAGAACACUUAACACAAACAAGAAUCCAGAAAUCCCAGGACAGCAGAUUUGAAUUUUUAUUUUUUUAGGCUGUAUACAAUUAAAAUAUUUCUAAAAAUGCAGUAUCCCAGAGCUUCAUACUGAUCCUAUUCAAACCUGCUUUUUCAUGUAUCAUGCCUCCAUUGUCCAGUGGGUUCACCAGUUUUGCAGUCCAGUCAUACAAAAAAGUAUCCAUUGACUUCAAGUUAUGUGGUCUGUGAAUGAAAAGGGUGCAGGAUCAAAAUGUAAUCAAAUGUGUCUAAAUUUCUGUGAUGUCACCUGCAUAACAGUUUAUGGAUUUUCGUAGCAUUUUAGAAACUGCACAACUAUAAUUAGAGCUGGUUGGGAAAAAAAAGUCUGUCAGCUUUCUUUUAACAGAAAAUAGCUUUUCAACGCAGUGGAAAUGUUCAUGCAAAAAUACCUGUUUUCAUGAGAUAAAUGAGUUUUUAAUCAGAAUACCUUAAACUGAAAACAAAAUACUGGUUUUGACAAAAACAUGAAAAAUUGUUUUGAGAAAAGUUGAUAACUUCCCCUCUCCCCAUUUUUUGUCUAAAUUUGGAGAAAAAUGGGGAGAAAAAAUUCGUCAGCUCUCCCUACCAUUCAAAUGUGCAUUCAAUUGGCUUUCAUCCUCUGUUCUGUUGCCUCUGUGUAACUCCGCUGUAACAUAGCCAAGUUGCAUUGGUGUAAGUGAAAGCAGAACUUGGCCCACUGUUUGAUCAAGUAUUUUAAAAUUAGGCUUCCGGGCUUUGACAACUGCCCUAUCUUUUAAUCAUUCUGUUGUGCCCGGGGCAGAUGAGAAGAUGGAAAAAUAAUAAGGUACAUCAAUCUAUUGUUUUAGGUUGAAGAAAUCAAUACUUUGAAAAUUAUCUUUUAAUUAACAGCUAGUUAUAAGUAAAAUAAGCUGUGGGAGGCCUGAAAUCUGAUGGUAUGGCAACUCUCCAGCUACUUUUAAUUUAAAAUAGAUCGGCUGUUAAAUUUUUAAAUGAUUUCUGAGUUAGUUACAUGACUCCACGACCACAAUAAGUACUUGUCAGAGGGUAUGUCUAUGCUGUUGCAAGGAGUAUGCCUCCCAGCCCAGACGGAAAAGACGCUAGGUUGCUAAAAAUAGGAGUAUGAACAUUGCGGCAUGAACUAGCCACCUACGUCCAAGCCUGGCUGACCCCCUGGAUCUGAGCUCAGGUGAUUAGCCCAAGCUGCCACCCUUACUACCACAUCCAUGCAGUUAUUUUUAGCAUGCUAGCUCGA